AAAUCUACUUAAGUAAAGUACAGAUACACGAAAAUUGUACUUAAGUACUUCGUUACUUCCCACCACUGAUCUCAACUCUGAAAUAUCAAUUCACUCCAGCGUUUCAAAUCACAACACAUUUGUUGGCAAUUGUUUAUUCUAUGAGCUGCAUUUUGCUCUUUCUGUUCAAGUGAUUUCAUUGUUGUACUGUUUCUUUUAAUUGUAAAAUGUCCUUGAGUGCAGAGAAAAGCGCCCCCAAAUAACAUGUCUUUUUAGUAUCUGUAAUGUUGGUUUCAAACGUUUUAUGUUCAAAAGAAGUGCUUUUUCUACCAAUUUUUCUUAUUUAGUCUUUGGAUUAUCACAAUUUGCACAUAAAAUAAUUUUUUUUUCCAUCUGAUGACAUUAUCAGAUAUUCAGCUUUUUAGCAAAGGUAUAAUGAAGUACGGCAGUUGUUUGUUUUGGCACUUUAGCUAUGAUAGAUUUUCACGAGUUCCAAAGAUUUUUUCCUUUAUCCUCAUUGGCUGGUAGCUUCACUUGAAUAAAUCCCUAGUAGCUGAUUGGCUGGUUGUCAAUUCAGUGGGCGGGGCUCAGUUUGAACCACAGUCCCGCCGCCUACAUCGGUAUCAAAUUUCCUGCUGCCAUCAUGGCGACCAGCAGAAGCUUGUUGUGAACAAAACUUUCUGAACCAAUUUAGCCACUUGCCGGUAUGGCUGAUAGAGCGGAGAGGAGGAGGCAGCCAGCGGGGCGGAAGAGCCGGCAGAGCCAGCCGAGGAAGAGCUCCAGCGCCCGGGUGACUCUGGAAAAGGUUCUUGGGAUCAGCCCGGUGGUCAGCAGCUUCCUGACCUCUGACCCUAACUCUGGCCGUAUUGCCUAUCCUGCAGGGUGUGUGGUGGUGCUGUUGGACCCACUGAACAACAAGCAGGAUCACAUCAUCAACGCCUCCAGGAAGCCCUUCACCGCCCUGAGCUUCUCUCCUGACGGGAAGCACCUGGUGACCGGAGAGAGCGGCCACAUGCCCUGCGUCCGGGUGUGGGAGGUGGGUGGAGGUCAGGUGGCCGAGGUCCAGGCCCAUAAGUACGGCGUGGCCUGCGUGGCGUUCUCCUGCAGCGGCUCUUACGUGGUCUCUGUGGGGUUCCAGCAUGACCGGACCAUCAGUGUGUGGGACUGGAGGAAAGGCUCCAUCAUCGCCACCAACAAGGUGUCCAGCAGAGUCUUCUCCGUCUCCGUCUCCCAGGACAGCAGCUACUUCGUUACCGCGGGAAACCGACACGUAAAGUUCUGGGACCUGGACGGCUCCAAGGACCGGCGGGUGAACAGCACCGUGCCGCUGAUUGGUCGGUCUGGGUUGCUAGGCGACCAUAAGAACAGCGUGUUCUGUGGAGUGGCGUGUGGGCGUGGCCAAGCGGCGAGCAACACGUACUGCGUCACCGCCGCCGGGGUCCUGUGUCUGUUCAACAGCAGCCGGCAGCUGGAGGCCUUUGUGAACCUGAAGACGGCGGCGGCGAGCGGCCUGGCGGUCAGCGAGGACUGGGUGUUCUGCGGCUGCGCAGACGGAGUGAUCCGGGUUUUCCGGCCGGCCGACCUGCAGUACGUGGGAACGCUGCCGCGGCCGCACCGCCUGGGCGUGGAUCUGACCCGGAGCGCGCCGCACAGCAGCCCACCCCCCGCCGGCUCCGAGGUGGCGCAUCCCGACACCCUGGCGCUGACCUUUGACCCCAGAGGGCAGCGGCUCAGCUGCGUGUACACGGACCACAGCGUGUACGUGUGGGACGUGGCGGACGUGAAGAACGCCGGGAGGCUGCACUCGGCUCUGUACCACAGCAGCUGCGUGUGGAACAUCCAGGUUUAUCCGGAGCUGCAGGAUCCGUCUCAGGCCCGUCUGCCGCCAUCGUCCUUCCUCACCUGUUCCUCUGAUAACACCAUCAGACUGUGGCACUCUGACGCCCCCAUCAGGCAGAGGAACCAGUACAGCCAGGACCUGCUGAAGAUCCUGUAUGUGGGGGAAGACGUGCAGCGCCUGCAGGCGGCGGGGGAGCGGGCCGAGGCCGACGGGCCGGACGGGAAGGCCGGGAUCCGGGUGCUGGGAAUCAGUCCGGACGGGAAGCACCUGGCGGCCGGAGACCGCUGUGGGAACCUGAGGAUCUUUGAUCUGGAAAGCCUGACUGAGCUGCUGAAGAUCGAGGCUCACGACUCCGAGGUUCUCUGUUUGGAGUUUUCUCCUCUGUCCUCAGGAGUGAAGCUGCUGGCCUCAGCCAGCAGAGAUCGGCUCAUCCACGUCUUCAACCAGGAGAAGAACUACAACCUCCAGCAGACCCUGAACGACCACUCCGCCUCCAUCACCGCCGUCAAGUUCACCGGUCAGAGUCCAGAGGUCCAGCUGGUGAGCUGUGGAGCCGACAAGAGCAUCUACGUUCAGACGGCCGAGCAGACGCCAGACGGGUCGCUGUUCUCUCGGCGCCACCAUGUGGUGGAGAAAACCAUGCUGUACGACAUGGACCUGGACCCGACUGGGACGCGCGUCUCUGUGGCGUGUCAGGACAGAAACGUCAGAGUUUACAGUGUGGAGACGGGGAAGCUGGAGCGCAGCCUGAAGGGCUCUGCGAGCGACGAGGGAGCCCUGCUCAAGGUUCACUCGGACCCGUCCGGAUCGUUCUUCGCCACCAGCUGCUCUGAUAAGAACAUCACCAUCUUUGAGGCGGAGACCGGAGAGUGCGUCGCCACGCUGUUCGGUCACUCAGAGCUGGUCAGCUGCAUGCGGUUCAGCCAGGACUGCAGACAUCUGAUCUCAGCGUCUGGAGACAGCUGCGUGUUCGUGUGGCGCCUGGACCCCCAGAUGAGCAGCACCAUGAGGAAGAGGCGGGCCCCGGGGCCGAGUGGCCCCCAGCAGCCCAGCAUCAGGAGGGAGACCUUCAUCACUGUCCCCGCCCCCCAGCUGCCUCUGGAGGAGGAGGAGGAUCAGCGGACCCCUGGGAGACCGGAGCCCCCUGCUGAGACGCUGCAGCUGGAGACCAACGGGAAGAUGCCCAUGUGGUUCCGGAAGCUGGCCGACGCCGAGGCCUCCUCUGUCGACCAAUCGGAGGCGGAGCCCAGCCAGGUGCGCAGCCGGUGGGCGGAGCCUCUGAACCCGCUGGCCUUCUGCUCCGGCCUGAACGCCAGCGGGAGCCAUGAGGAAGAGGAGGAGGAGGAAGAGUUCCAACCUCAGAGCCUGGACAGCCUGCUGGGAGACGAAGAGGAGGAGGAGGUGCUGCAGACAUCCAGGGGAAACCAGACCUUCAUCCUCCAAUCAGACUGCAGCCCCUCCCUGUCCGACAGGGACUUCAAGGUGGAGGCUGGGGCCGAUCCCGCGCUGGAGGUCAGAGGUCAGGGGGCGGAGCCUGUGUGGAGGACGCACCCCAGUCCGGACUCGGCCUGCUCCGAAGGGUCGACAGGAAGUCUGGAGCCGCAGCACGACACGGACACCGACUCCCUGAGCCAGUGCAGCUCUGUGGGCAGUUUGGGUCCGGAGGACGACGAGGACCGGAACUCUCUGAAGAACCACUUUGAGAGUUUGGCCUCCAGCCUGGCUGAAGAACGCUUCAAUACGGACCUGACGGCGCUGCGGCCGGCCCAGGAGAAGCCCUUCCUGAACCCGCGCCUUAGCAUCUCCACCCGCUUCCUGUCCCGCUUCCAGGACCGACUGCGGUCCAUUCCCCGCGGCCCGGCGCUGCCCGAUCGCCGCACUGAUACCGACCUGGUUCUGGUGUGCUCCAGGGUCCGACCCGGCCGGAUCACAGGCAGGAUCUCUGAGGAGAGCAACUCGAACCUGAAGACUGGAUCAGAACUCCAGAUGAGAUCUGAGCCCAGCGGCGCCAUCGGGUUUCCGAGUUCGACUCGGGGAGAAAACGGUGAUAAAGGGAGUGUUUGUGUGACCGCAGUGGGAGGUAGAGCGGUCCUGAGUAGGAGAGCUUCCUGUGGGAUUUCCCAUGAGCCCCGGCGGCGGGCGGCCCGCAGACGACACACGGUGCUGGUGCUGCGGUGCAAGAAGACGCUGGGAGACGUCACGUCCAGGACGGCCAACAGCGGCGCCGCGUCUUCAGUAACGGAGGAGUCCCGCCUGGCGUACCUGGACAUCGCCAAACCCGCCUGCUGCCCCCUGGAGGAGAACAAGGAGAACCAUCAGGCCCCGCCCACAUCCCCACAGGCCCCGCCCACAUCCAUGCAGGCUCUGCCCACGCCCCCACAGGCUCUGCCCACAUCACCACAGGCCCCGCCCACAUCCCCACAGGCUCCGCCCACAUCCCCACAGGCUCCGCCCCACUCCCAGCAGGAGCAGAGCAGCAGCACGCAGGUUCUGGCCACGCCCCCUGAAGUGACAUCACGGCGUGCAGGAAGUGGGUGGAGCGCCGGCAGCCUCGACGAGACGCCGACCAAUCCCAACAGGACACUAAUCCAGAGCCCCGCCCCCCCAGCGCCACCUGGGGGACUGAAGGGGGCGGAGCCAGGAAGCCCGACUGAUCCAGAUAUUUCUGCUGCACCUGAUUCGUCAAUCUUUGCCCCGCCCACUUCCUCCUCCUCUCCCAUGUCAGAGAGGCUCCGCCCCCAGGCAGACAGUGGCACCUGUCUGACAGAUGAAGAGGGGGCGGAGCCUGUCAGCCUGCAGCGGUGUCAGCAGGCCGCCAUCGCUCUGCGCCAGGCAACACAGCGAGCCGUCCUCCUGUACCGCCAGCAGGUUUGCGGCUCUGAGCGAUCAGAGAGCUGCUCCGUCCUGCAGGAAGCCGCCGCCGCCGCUCACAGGGAGCUGCAGGCUGUGCUGCCGGCGCCGUGCAGCGGCGCCCCCUCUGGUCAGACGCAGGACGAGCAGACGAUGUCGCUGCUGGAGAAAUACUCUGAGCUUCUGGUUCAGAUGACUCAAAACAAACUGAAUAAAAUCUGAACGGUACGAAGCCGACAACCCCCCGGACUAAAAGCACCUUAUUGUUUUACCAGCAGUAUUUUAUCUUGACUUUUUAAAUCACUGUUUUUGAAACUGAAACUGUCGUUUAAAUUCGGAAUAAACUGUUUUAAUGAA